CGGAGUCGGGCACCGAAUUGGAUAUAUUGGGUGGGUACAACAGGACGCACCGGGUACGACUCUGUCCUUUUAGGAAAUUUCUGAGGACGCUAGUGUAAGCCGUGUACCUAAGGCCACCAAACACAGAAUCAACAAUCGUUAAAAAGGGAAGUUUUAAAAGAAAACAUCCAAAAUGCCGGCGGCCAACAAAGAUAGCGACGGUGGAUGGAAGAGCUUUAUCUGGAAUUCUGAAAGGAAGGAAUUUUUGGGACGUACAGGAGGCAGUUGGUUUAAAAUCAUUGUCUUCUACGUGGUCUUCUAUGCCUGCCUGGCUGGAAUCUUCGUGGGCACCAUUCAGGCCAUGCUGCUGACCCUUAGCAACUACAAGCCCACCUAUCAGGACAGAGUCGCACCCCCAGGAUUAUCACACACUCCACGUUCUGUCAAAGGAGAAAUCUUCUUCUCCAUGAACGACGAAACCACGUACGAAAAGAUCGUCAAGUCAAUGACUGACCUUCUGGAUAAAUAUGAUUUAAAAAAUCAGCAGGACAUGGGGAAGUACGAGGACUGUGGCACCGCCGCAGGUGACUACAAGAACCGCGGUGACCUGGACGGAGAUGCCGGUGAGAGGAGAGCUUGCCGCUUCGACAAAGAAUUGCUGGGCAAAUGCUCAGGCACUACUGAUAAGAACUUUGGCUUCAAGGAUGGCAAGCCCUGCGUUAUAGUCAAGCUCAACCGUAUCGUCAACUUCAGGCCCAAGCCUCCAAAGUCCAACGAAACCCUCCCAACAGAAGCCCAAGCCAACUUCCAGCCCUUCGUGCUGCCCAUGUACUGCACCAACAAGAGAGAGGAGGACAAACACAAGAUUUCAGGCAUUGAGUACUUUGGGCUCGCCAAGGGUGGCUUCCCCCUGCAGUACUACCCCUACUAUGGCAAGCUGCUGCACCCCCAGUACCUCCAGCCACUGGUGGCCAUCAAGUUCAACAACCUCACCUUCGACGAAGACCUGCGUAUUGAGUGCAAAGUAUUUGGAGCCAACAUUGACUACAGCGAGAAGGACCGCUAUCAGGGACGCUUUGAAUUUAAACUAAAUAUCAAGUCAUCAUGACCUCAGCUAUGAAAAUAGCACUGUUCUCUGCCCAUUUCAACACAUACUGAAUUAGAAAAAAAAAAAUGAAAAUAAAAAACUGAUUAAAAAAAAAAAAAAAAAAA